AUGGUACGGCCUACUCGACUACCUUGUGGUGCAUACGUGGAUUAUGCUACAUUACAAAAGUUUUGGAGUGCAAGGUCAGGGAACAGGCCUGAUGCAGACAUCCAUAGAUUCGCGGUAGAUCCGUUUACUAUGCUCACGUUGGAUCCAACGUCUCUGAAAAUCGAUGAAGGUUUAGCAAGGAGAUCAAAACGUUACCUGGAAAGGAAAAAGGAAUUGGUUCAGUUUUGCAGACGGCUUGAUCUUUGCUGUCCCGGCGUACCAAUGAAAUUGCCUCUGGAAUUGCAAAGGACAUCUGUUGAAACCAAUUUACAGUCGGAUUAUGACACAGAAGAAAAUGAAGAAGAAGCGAUGCUAAAGAUUAUGUCACGCUUUCCUCACAUCAACGGUAAGAUAUCAAGAGACAAAUCGAGACCUCAGAUAUGA